UUUGUUUUUUUUUUUUUUUUUUUGAUCUUCGCGUGACCGACAUUUUGUGGCGGCAAUCAAUUAUGGGUAUCGCAGAAGUAGGCACGAACCUGGAUGCAAACUACGGGAGCAGCAACAACAAUAGCAACAACAGCUUGCCUCGGAAGAGACCAGCUGAAGCUCAAGCACAACCAGAAGCACAACAAGCAACAGAAACAUUUACCCGAACCAACGGUGACGACGAAAGGAUCAUUCUCCACUUUGAUUAUGACUGCUUCUAUGCUCAGGUUGUCGAGAACAAAGAGCCUUCCCUGAAAUCUCUCCCCGUGGGCAUCAAGCAAAAGAGCAUCCUCGCCACCUGCAACUAUGUAGCCCGUCGCAGGGGCGUCAAGAAGCUCAUGCGCAUUUCUGAGGCACGGGACAUAUGCCCUGAUUUGGUGUUGGUUGACGGGGAAGACCUCACCCCUUUCAGAGACACUUCCAAGAUACUGUACCGAGUCCUCCGUUCCUUUUCGUGGAAUGACCGAGCUGAACGACUCGGACUGGACGAGGUCUUCCUCGAUGUCUCUGACAUGGUGUCGUACAAUCUUGAUUUGCUAAACCCGCAUGGACUUGCCAACUCCUUCUUCUGUCUGUCAAGCACAGACCCGGAGCUGGGGUUUGCAUUUGAUGCCACGGGUUUUGCGGGCUGUGUGGUUGCACCAUCCUGGUCCUCAAAUAGCAGCCGUGGCGUUGUCGAGUCCGACGAGGCCUCUGGGCUUCUUCGUAAACGUCUGCUGCUGGCAUCCCACCUGGCGUAUCGUAUACGCCUUCGUAUUGAGCAAGAAGGCUAUACUAGCGCCUGUGGCAUCUCAGUAAACAAACUUCUCGCCAAAAUGGUGGGCAGCCGGAACAAACCCCGCAACCAGACGACGCUCCUUGCCCUCUCAAAGGCAGACACCUUGUCAUUUGUAGACCAGCACUCCCUGCGUAGCCUGCCGGGAAUAGGUGGCAGCAUGGCUGCCGUUAUGGAGCAGCACACAAGGUCCACCGCCCCUGACAAGCCCCUGAAGGCCGGCCAAGUCCGCCUCCAACAUGAUGUAUCGCCGCACCUCCUCGAGAAACUCCUACAGCCCCUGGGGUUGGAGAAAGGUAUAGGGCAGAAGACAUACCGGCUACUCCACGGCAUUGACACAGCAGAAGUUAAGUUCGCAUGCGACUUCCCAAUUCAGAUCGGCAUAGAGGAUACAUACGCAAACACCGGCCUAUCCAACAUUGCGCAGAUAACACAGCAAUUAAUCAAACUGUCUGCCUCGCUCAUCCGCCGCAUCCGCGUGGACCUAACAGAACCGGCUAGUAACAUUGACGGCCCCGAGGCUGUGGUCUGGGUCGCCCGGCCCAGGACCUUGCGCCUCACCACUCGCCAGCGGCACCCCACCACCGGCCCGCGUCCGCCAUACAACAGCAACCGUACCUCGCGCAGUCAACCGCUACCUAGCUUUGUACACAGCUCCCCCACCCAGCCGGCAGAGGACCUUGCUGCCCGGCUGGUCGAGGAGACGCUGCUACCCAUGUUUCACAAACUGAACCCCCCACCAACCGGCACCGGGCCAGCCGGGUAUAACAUCGGCCUCAUUAACAUAUGCGUCACUGGCAUGGUAGCUAGUGGUGCGGACUUCAAGAUGAGCAGCGGCCGGGAUAUCGCAGGCAUGUUCCGCAGACAGCAUGAAGUCCUUCGUGAAUUCACUGCGUAUGAUCAAGAUAACUUUAAUGAGGUUGGAGCGACGGCAAUGUCUAGUCCCACUCCUGUCGAUCCAAAUAUCACCAAAAAUGAGGCUGUGGAUGAUGUCGCCGACGAUGAGGAUAGUCUGGAAGCAGACUGGGACGGCGGCUCACUCGUCUGUGAGUUUUGUGGCCACGCCAUCCCCGCAUUUGCGAUGCUAGCUCAUCAUCGCUUCCACCAGCUCGAUGGUGAUGGCUAAGUCUUAGGUAGGGAUAUUAAUGUUGGAGUUUCUUUUAAAUCACAUGCCUCUCCUUAUCUCCUCGGCGAGACUUUCCGGAGUGGUCGCUAUAUUGAACAUGAUGAUACGG